AUGGACACGGAGAUGACAAACAAGCAAGAGUCUACGGUCGUAAAGACCCCAGCAGAGGGCAAAGAAGAAGCACUCAUACCCGUGAUUAUGCAUGGCCCAAGGCCUCUUCAAUACAAGAGCAAAGUUCCCUAUGAUUUCAAUUAUUACGGAGAUUUCUACUUCGCCUCCAGUAAUCAUCGCAGGGAAAGAGUCAAGGAAAUACGAAGCGCUAAACUUGGAACGGCAUAUGAUAAUUCUGGUGAAAUGGGUGACAGAAUCGUUGUCUAUCAGAGACUAACUCCGUUCAGAUUUAUGGAUUUACCUGCCGAAGUGCGAAAAAUCAUAUUUCAAUUGAUCGCCUCUAUAUUUCUCUAUUUUGACCCCAAAUUGAAGGCUCAUGUCAACCGAAUUGCUCUCGGGCGCUAUGAUCCGUGGAGAGUGCACUACCAGUCGUGUUACUCAACGGGAUUUGAAGAAUUCUUGAAGGAAGAGUAUCACUCAAAACAUCACUUUUCGCCAGAGGAAAAAGCGAAACUAUAUCCAGAAUUUGUCAAGGGCGCAAAUGAUAUUGUGUGGACCCACAAAGAUCACCCGAAUAGAAACGAAAAUUAUUUGCAGAUUGUUGAUGUAGGAGAGCCCUUAAACAAUGACGAGCAUAAAUCGCAGGAAAGGGUCCAUUGGAAGUACCUUGAUUGGUUUCGAAAAUUGGCAAAUGUUAGUAGGCAAUUCAGGUUGGAGCUUGGUUUUAUAAUAUGGGAGAGAUCUAAGAUUUACUGUAGAGGUGAUAAGAAAAUUUUGGUAUUAGGCCAAUUCUUGGAAGCAAGUCCAGGAAUAACGAAAGGGAUCAGGGAGCUUGUAGUCUCUAUUUUUCAGCUCGUUGAACAUUGGGAUGACACAAGUGUUGAAGAUGAAUGGGAUUACAUUAUGCGUGAAGGUAAUUUCAUGGAAGUGGUGUCACAAAAUUUAAACUUGGAUUAUCUCACGCUAAGUAUUAGCGGUCCGAAGAGCUCUAUUAUUGAACUCGCUGUAGGGAAAGGUGUAAUGAAAGUCUUGACCGAGACUCGAGCGCUGAAAGUGACUAAGGGAUUUCACAUUGAAAUCAGUUCGAUUCAUCCGGAAAACAAUGAUGGCAAUGAAACUGCCAGAAAACUUGCCGAGUUCAGAAUCGAAUGGGAGCCAAAGAUCACAGCAGCACUCCUACCCGAUGUUUUGCGGCCUCAAACACCGAAAACAGACAGAAAUCAUUAUCUUGAGUCUCGAGCAAAGCAAAAGAACAAGAGAUCGGCCCUAUCGACUAGAGAAGAUUGCUAUCCAAUGUUUGGAUUGUGGCUGGGAACGAAUGAGGUUAUUGGGUCAAGAUGA